ACGCAUAUAUUGUGAUAUCCCUAUCAAGUGAGCUAAGAUCAUGGAGCCACUUAUUAUUUUUAGUUACUCUUAUUAUUUUUAAAUUUUUAAAUAUAUACAGUGAAAGAGAAAAAAAAAAAAAAGACAUAAUAGAAGAACAAAAGAAACCACGCGUAUUUCUCUUCCUCUUCCUCUUCACCGCCGCUCAUCUUCGUCCUCCACAAUCGCCGCCGCCGCCGUCCACCUUCCCCGACCCCAUAGCCACCAUCGUCUUCCUCCAUAACAACAGUCAACAAAAGGGAAUCCUGAUCCGGUGUUGUAGUUGUGCACGAGAGAAAUGAGUUUAGGAGGAGCUCUUCGGAAUAUUUUACGCCCUCUCUCACUCUCAUCAUCAAGGAUUACUGUAACUUCACAAAUCUCCUACACAUUGCCGUUUCAUGCUUGUUUGCCAUCUUCCUGCAAACCACCUCAGUUCCUUCUUCCCUUUUUGAACCACUUUCACAGCUUGACAGACACUCGUUUUCCCAAGAGACGACCCUCUGAUAAACCUCGUCGAAAGCGGGCUAGCUUGAGACCCUCUGGUCCUUAUGCUUGGGUUCAACACACAACUGGUGAGACCAUACUUCCCAAUAAGCCUAAUGAAGGGAGCAUCAAGAGAAGAAAUGAGAAGAAACGCAUGAGGCAGCGCCGUGCCUUUAUACUGGCGGAAAAGAAGAAAAGGAAAGCUCAAAUGCAAGAAGCUAACCGGAGGAAAAGCAUUAAGAAGGUAGAGCGUAAAAUGGCUGCAGUUGCAAGGGAAAGAGCGUGGGCAGAGAGACUGGUUGAAUUGCAGCGCCUUGAGGAAGAGAAGAAAAAGUCUAUGGCUUAGAUUUGUUUAGGACCCCAUCUGCAAUUGGUAAUACUGGUCAAGUUUUUGGGCCUAUUAAUAAUUUGAAUCCUCUACACAUGCUAUAUCUUCAAUUUGGUUUAUGUUGUCUGAUGAUGAUUGUGUGACUCUGCUUAUUUUAAUUUUUAAGGAAUUUUUUUCUUCCCGACACUAGGAAGUGUGAAA